AUUAGUUAUAAAUAGAUAAACAUGUGUGUUUAUAUGGUUUUAUGUGUAUUAUUAAUUAGUGUAUGUAAUGGUGGUGAUGUAUUUCACGAAGGAAGCAAAAUUACUUUUCAUUCUAACAAUCAAGAGGAUUUCUUUGGUUACAAUGUCGUUUUCGGAGAAAAUAGUAAUUUACUAGUGGGUGCUCCUAAGGCAGUCAGGCCAGGAUCGAGGCACAUGGCAACAGGCGCAGUGUUCAACUGUUCACUCACCGAUCUGGACACAAAGAAUAUCACCUGCGUAUCAUUAAAUAUGGGAAGUGAAGUUUCAGCUCGGCUCAGCAGCAAUAGAGAUUUCUACCGCGACGACAUGUGGUUUGGUGCAAGCAUCGCGGUGGUGCCCACGGGAAAACUGUUGAUUUGUGCACCGCGCUGGGCCAGGCCGUACGGCGACCGGCACCUCCUAGCCAACGGGGCGUGUUACCUGCAUACGAAGAGACGGAACAUCCCUCUAUACCCUCUCGGGGACAUGAAAAACCAAGCAUUUAUGACCGUUGGAUCGCGCAAGGAAUAUGGACAAUACGGCACCCAUCUCAACUACUAUGCGUACGCGCAGGCUGGCAUGGCCGUCAAGGUCACGGGCAACGGCAGCAUCAUCAUUGGAGCACCGGGACUGCUGCAGUGGACAGGAGGAAUUGUUGAUUACAUGUACAGUCCCGACGUUAACAGCGUAUACCUGAGUAAGAAGCCGACAACCAAUCCUUUCUACACUCCCGAUGUCGGCCCCGACGAUUAUCUAGGGUACAGCGUGGAAUCCGGCAUCUUUGAGGAUGGUGGUAGAAUACUCUAUGUAGCUGGAGCCCCUCGCGCAAAAUUAGGAUUCGGACAGGUUCUAGUUUUCGAACCUGCAAGUCGGGAAGCAGAUCCUCUCAAAAUCCGUGCGAAAAUAGAAGGUCCGCAACUCGGCGCCUACUUUGGAGCAAGUCUGACCUGCCUUGACAUCAAUGCCGAUGGCAGAACAGACAUCCUGGUGGGGGCCCCGAACUUUGUUGGCAAGGGAGAAGACGUGUACGACCAAGGAGCUGUGUACGUUUAUUUAAAUAAAGAAGAGGCUACUGGUUUUAUUUUCGACUACGCAGGCCACGUGACUGGCUCCAGCACUAACGGUGCGAGGUUCGGGAAUGCCAUCGCUGAUCUUGGAGACAUCGAUGGGGAUGGAUAUAGAGAUAUUGCAGUUAGCGCCCCUUGGGAGAACAAUGGUUCGGGCGCUGUGUAUAUCUACAGAGGUGACCAACGCGGGGUGAAGAGCCAGUAUGUGCAAAGGAUUGUGGCUAGUGAAGCCAGAAAUUUUGGUAUAGCUAUUGCAAAAGGACAUGACGUUGAUGGAAACCAAUGUAAUGAUUUAGCUGUAGGAGCGCACGCGUCCGGCACAGCUCACAUGUACAGAUGCAUCCCGACGCUGACGCUGCACGCCACCAUCAAGAUAGACCAAGCGCUAGACUUGCCGCAGAACGCGACUAAUUUCACCGCUGAGUUCUGUAUCUACGUCGCACCACAACACAAAUGGCCCCAUUCGUAUAUAGAUCUUAAGGCUACAAUAAUAAUAGAUCCAGAGGCUAAUAGAGCCGUGAUAGAUGGAGAUUCUGAAUACACAUAUAAAGCCAGACCCGGAAUUAGUAAAUGCGAGGAACAGGUGGUUAACGUCAAGCCCACGGCAGAUUUAUCUAGGCCGAUAUCAAUUAAAUUUGACGUCGAACCUGUAGAUGUUAUGCAAAAAAAUUCAACAACAUUUUCCACUGAGGCUGUAAGAUUGUCGGAAGACUCCACGCUUCACUCCGAGUUCGACAUCCAACUUACACGCGACUGCGGCGAAGAUCUGAUCUGCAAACCCUGGCUGGAAGUAACCAUGGAAACGAUGUCUAAUCCUUACAUUCCAGGAGCUGAGAAUAAACUGGGUGCCACCAUCACAGUACUGAACAAGGAGGAACCAGCUUAUGGCGUUCGAGUUCAUUUGAUUUUACCAACACAACCUAAAAGAGUGCCAAAGAAUUGUAAUUUGCAAGGAUUAAACAUGAGCUGUGACGUAAUCUCCCCACUGUACCGCAAUCAGUCAGAAUCCUUCGAAGUGGAGCUAGAGUAUACGCUAACCAAUUUCGAGGAGGACAUGCUGGUAAUAUACGCCAGUAUCGAAGACCCGCUCAACAGAACCGUCAGUGACGAACCGACGCUGGAACUGGAGUUGAAUAUAUUCCCUGAAGCUAAUGUUAGUGUUAGUGGAAAGGCGCUUCCCAAUGCCACGGUGCCCGUGUCCCGAGAGAAGCUCAGUAAAGGGAGCCUAAUUCCCUUUGUGCACUACUUCGAGGUGACAAAUACUGGCCCAUCUGACUGGCCUCUUUUGGACGCGAGUAUAAUUCUGCCCGAAAAAGUAUCUUUAUCGCAGCCGAAGGAGGGUUGCGUGGAAGACGCGACCGGCGUCGGCAAUACGACGGUGCUUGAGUGCACGUGGUCGGUCGGCGCGAAUGUCUCCCUGCCGGUGGUGCUGCCGUUGCGGUUCAACAUGAAAACUAAUGGGAAAUUGCUAGAAGAAGCCUCGGAGCGCAACAUUACCACAAUCUUACACCUCUACGAGCAGAAUAAGACUAUCUCUAUUACCACCAGACUAGUAUUGAGCCCAGUUCAGCCUAUUUGGCCGUUAAUAGUUGGCAUAGUCGCCGGUUUGCUACUGCUGGCUGCUAUUGCCUACGGAUUAUAUAAAUACGGCUUCUUCUCAAGAAAACGCAUCCCGGACUUCAACAAAAUACAAGAGCCAGUAGCUCAAGAGGACCCCAGCAGUUCCAGCCCGCCCUCAACGCCCCCUGAUUCCCUGUUUCCCAAUGACUCCGCGCAAAGCACGCGAGAGUUGUUGUUUGAAUCAGACUCGGAUUGAUUUCGUAUAGUACAGGGUACCUAGCUAACGUUACAAGUUCACAACCGCUUUCGCUUCGUCUCUGUUACGCUAGUCCGAAUUAGCGCGGCAGAGCCAGUUGCGUUUCGAUGGCCAUGUAUUUAAGCGUCAACGAUUGCCACUUCAGCUGGACCGGCAGAGUGAAGGGGUUUAGCCGUAUAUGUCUGGGAGAGAUGAAAUAUAUGUCAUAUACAAAGAAAAAGUGACCAAGGCAAGGCCUCCAAGUGUUCAAAACUGGAUUCGAACCAGCGUCCUCCGUUAUCGCGACGGAUGCCUAAACCGGAUGACGGAUGUCUAUGACAUUUAAAUAUUUCAGUUUACAGUCUAGUUCAGUUACUUACAUGGAAAAAAAUAUCUGAACAUGACUAAUAUAAUCAAUAUUAUGAACAUAAAAGCGUGUUCAGAUAUUUUUUUUCGUGUAUCUGCGUAGAUGUAAAAGACCUUCGACGAGUCAGUAAUUCGUUUUACAGCAAGGCAACGUUGUUGAUUAACCGCUUAUGUCGAUAUUAAUAUCAUAGCGAGCGAAAUACUUCAAUAUAUAAUCAAGUGCCACAAUGCUCGUAGUUUACGCGGGAGUGGUUAGAAAAGUGAAAUCUAGAACGUUGCGGCGGUUUCAAGACACAAGUGAAUCACCAAAUUUUUGCUCCCAAGUGAAUCCCCAAUGUUUUUCCCACAUAAACACACAUUAUAACAUUAAAAUUAAAAUAAAAUACAUACGUCUGACCACUUUGCCUCGUGUAGUUACUGCUCCGUUCAACUUGAUUCGAUUGAUGGACUCUGAAUGUGAGUAAACUUCAUUUAUUUUAUAUAAAUACAAUGCUAAAGCAUUAAGCUUAUUAAGUGAAUGUUUUUAUAUAAGACUGAGAAAGAAUGUACAUUAUUUAAAGAGUUCACAUUAACUUUACGAUUUCAAGUUACGACCAAUUUAUGUUUAUGGUAGUCUAUUAAAAAGUAUUUAAAACUGUGAAUGUGAAUUUUAUUUUAAGUGUCUAUAACUGUGAUCGUAAAUCAGUCUUUAAUUUAAGUAAGAUUUUUUUAGAAUACAUUAGAUAAUAAUUAUAUAAUAAAGUGUCUAAGAAGAAAGAAACAAGAUAUUUUUUUAUCUAUCUUAAUAGUAAGGAGAUUCAAGGCCGGAUACAAUCAUAGUUGCCAUAAUAUAUAACUAUCAAGACAAGUCGUCAGAUAUCUCCUUUGAGAUGUUAUUUACAAGCUACAGAUGUUAAAUUCGAACCUCUCGCCUGUCAAAGAUAAUUUUGGGCACAGUUGAAGCCGUAUUCGACUAUUUCCGCUCCGCCGGAUCUCUUUGUAUGCAAUCAAACGAGAAAGUCGUUCAAUAUUUCUCUAUUCCGAUAGAUUUAUUUAUUUUCGCUACCAGUCUUCAGGUAGGAUGUUUGUUUUUUAUUAGAAUGGUUUAGUUUCCACACCCUUUUAUAUUGUUCAAAGAUGAGGAACGAAAUUACGAUAAUCAGUGUU